AUGCUGCCGAUUUUGGAAUCACGAGCGUACCAGUUAACUCUGGAAGCACAACUUGCUGCUUCACGCCAUGAGACGGAAGAGGCCCGUCGUCGGAAGAACAACCUGGAGAAUAGCCAUGAAAGCCUUCAGAGGGCAGCGCUUGGCACAGUUAGAGCAGUGCUUGAAGAUCGUCUGCAGGCUAUACCGGCCCGUGUUAGAGAGGUGGUAACCCAUGAAAUCCACCAAGGAGCCGGCGCUGCUUUGGCUGCGGCGCAACUGCGCUCCGGCCGCGAUCUUCGUCGUCUGGAGCCCGGCUUCCCGGACGACUCCACGCCGGAGGAGCAGGAGUUGGGAACACCUAUUCAGAUGCUUAAAUUUCGUCUGAUUGAAAUGAGGGAAAUUGGUUCUCUCAUCUCAAUGGCUGGCCCUAAGCGAGGGAUAGAAAUGUUGGACCUUACUCUGAUCGAAUAUGACAUGAGGGUCAAGACAGGCCAAGAAGGAAAGGAUGAUCUACAGCUGAUCGAUGGUGCAUCAAUCAUAGGCUCUUCAGGCAAAUGGAAUGAACCAUAUACAAUACGCAUCCCUGGUGAUUAUGGCGCAGUUGACAUAACACUAUCACGUCUUCAUUAUGCAGUUGAGGCGACUGUCGAGGUUCUCAUAUCUGAAGUGCAAAGCAGUUUUGAUUUGUCACUCAGUUGUUUAACUAGUGGGCUGAAUAAAGGAAUCUGGCUGUUUGAUGGUGCCAUCGUGGAGGCAUGUAGCUUAAAGAGGUCUGUGGUUGCUGUUCUAAUGGAUUCUUUGAUACAUCUGAAGUUCAAAAUAGGUGUCUUGCCAUCCAGUUCCGACCAAUGUUGUUCCUUCAAGGCGAAAAGCCAUGGAGAUAAAACUCGGGAAAUAAAGACUGAUCUUGCUUUAAUCUUAGUGAAGGUGACUUGGUCGACCUUGCCUUCUGAACUAGGGCUGAUAACUCUUCUGAUUCUGUAA